UCUCCUUCUAAGCAUGUCAGAGUGUCUCUGCUUGCUCGCAGAGUUCGAGAGAGGACAAAACACAGACAGGGAGUUAGAGGCAGGAAAGAGGGUUGGAAAGAGAUCUCUUUCUCAUGGUGUCUCCUUCUGGGCUGUUCAACUGAAGCAGAAGAAGGACUGGGACUUUGUUUAGGAUUUCUUUUGCUUUCUAUAAGCACUUAUACUUUGGGACCAUUGUUGAAAGAAUGAGGUCCAGGAGCAGUGGGAUGGAGGCUCCGGAUACAGGACGCCUUCAAGUGAAACAGCCCAGCAAAAGCUACCAAAAAGACAAGGAGGAAGUAGGCAGCAUUGAGGAUAUGAUUAGGAAAAGUCCUGCCAUGGUGGAGAAGGAGAAGGAAGAGAAAGUAGAGGACGGUCCUGUACGUGCGACGGUGAAGAAAUCACAGAAACCUGCAGAGGAAGAGGGCAAGAAGAAAGCAGGAUUGAUGCAGCUUUCCAAAGAGGAGCUGCUUCGCCUGCUCGGCAUCAUGGAGGGAGAAGUGCAGGCUCGUGAGGACAUUAUUCACAUGCUGAAGUCGGAAAGGAUGCAGCCAGAGUUCCUGGAGGCUCAGUAUGGAUCAGCUGUCCCUGUCUCGCCUCUGCAGGCCUUACAGAGAGACAACAUGCUCAUCUCUAACAGGACACGUGAGGAAGACGUCUACGAGGCCCCCAUGAUUGAGCUGGACCGUUUGGAGGAGAAGCACAGGGAGACGUACAGACGGAUGCUUGAGCAGCUCCUGCUGGCUGAGAAAUUCCACCGUCGCACAGUUAAUGAGCUGGAAUGUGAGAAGCGCAAACACAUCGACUUCAUGAACAAGAGCGAUGACUUCACUGACCUGCUGGAGCAUGAGCGUGAGAGACUAAAGAAACUGUUGGAGCAAGAGAAGGCAUACCAAACACGUAAAGACAAGGAUCAUAGCAGGCAACUAGAAAAAGUAAGAGAUGAGCUGGUGAAGCUGAAGUCCUUCGCUCUGAUGCUGGUGGACGAGAGGCAGCUUCACAUUGACCAGAUUGAUCAGCAAAGCCAAAAGAUCAUGGACCUCGGCAAAAAGCUGCAAGAAAGAGAUCAACAUCUGGAAAGUGUCACCAGCAAAUACAAAGAGGACAGUCAGAGAAUUCAAAAGUUGGAAGUGGAGUUAGAGCAUAAAGCUGCUAAGUUCUCACAGGAACACGAGGACAUGACAAACAAGCUCUCCAGUCAGGAGUCCCAAAACCGGCAGUUACGCACAAAGCUGGCUGGUCUGUCUCGAAGAACUGAGGAGCUGGAAGAAAGUAACAAAGCGCUUCAGAAAUCUGAGGAGGAUUUGCAAGAGUUAAGGGACAAAAUCAGCAGGGGAGAAUGUGGAAACUCAAGCCUCAUGGCUGAGCUUGAAACACUCCGUAAGAGAGUGCUAGAGAUGGAGGGAAAAGAUGAGGAGAUCACAAAGGCAGAGGCACAGUGCAAGGACCUGAGGAGGAAGCUUCAAGAUGAGGAGAAUCACAGUCGUGAGCUGAAGCUUGAAAUCGAAAAGAUACAGAAAAGGAUGGCAGACUUGGAGAAACUUGAGGGAACUUUCAACGCGAGCAAAUCAGAGUGUACACAACUUCACUCAAACCUUGAACGAGAGAGGAACUUGACAAAGAAUUUAAGCAAGGAGCUGGAAACUGUUAAAAACCAUGUUAAAGAGCUUCAGUGUGCUGAGUCAAAGCUUGAAAAGGCAGAAAGUAGCUUAAAAGAUGAUCUGACAAAACUCAAGUCAUUUACUGUAAUAUUAGUGGAUGAAAGGAAGAACAUGGCAGAACGAAUUAAGCAAGAGGAGCAAAGAAGCGAAGACAUGAGCAAGCUGUUUAAGGCUGAGCAAGGCAAGGUCAUGGAAAUUACAGAGAAGCUGAUAGAAGAGAGCAAAAAGCUUUUGAAACUAAAGUCAGAGAUGGAAACGAAAGUGUCAGCUCUCACAAAGGAGAAAAAUGAUUUAAGGACUAGGCUUGCAUGUGAAGAAGAGAAACAAAAUGAUCUCAAUGCAAAGGUCAAGCUAAUGCAAAAGAGGGUCGACUGUUUGGAGGAGGCCGAAAGAAAAGCCAGAAACAGACUCGAUGUAGACAAGGCAAGAUAUGCUGAUGAAGACAACAAGGUUAAGGAGUUAACAGAGGAGAUUGAUAGGCUGAAGAACCGCUUGAAGCAACUAGAGGUUGUGGAGGGUGAUUUGAUGAAGACAGAGGAUGAAUAUGAUAUGCUUGAAAAGAAGUUCAGAACAGAGCAAGAUAAGGCCAAUGUCCUUUCUCAGCUCUUGGAGGAAAUGAAGUCACAGAUUGCCAGGAACAAGGCCAUCGAAAAGGGGGAGGCUGUGAGCCAAGAAGCUGAAUUAAGAUUGAGGUGCAAGAUGGAGGAAGCCAAAACCAGAGACUUGCAGGCAGAUGUCCUGGCUCUUAAGGAGAAGAUUCAUGAGCUGAUGAACAAAGAGGAUCAGUUAUCUCAACUUCAGGUCGACUACACGGUUCUACAGCAGAGACUCAUUGAGGAGCAGGACAAAAAGAAAAGUAUGAGCCAACAGAUUCUAAACCUCACCAAAGACUUAGAGGUGACUAAGCGAUACAGCAGAGCACUACGACCUAGCAUGAAUGGAAGGAGGAUAGUGGAUGUCCCUCUCACUUCAACAGCUGUCCAGACAGAUGCACAUGUUAAUGAGGCUCUUGAAGAAGAGACUCCAGCGGUAUUCAUAAGGAAAUCUGUUCUGGAAGAAAAUCAUGUGAUGAGCAAUUUGAGGCAGAAAGGCCUUAAAAAACCAGCAGUGCUAGAUCGUUAUCCACCUGCAUCUACAGAACUAGGUAUGAAAAAAUCAUUGAUUCCUUGGAUGAAGAAGAAAGAAGCAAAUGCUGAUACACAGGAUGGCUUAGACAAGUUGACUUUUAACGUUAAUAACGUUAAUGGAGAUGCAUCACCUCAAUCGCCAGAGUUAACCAUGUCACAAAAACCAGGCCAGCCACUGCAUAUAAGGGUAACUCCAGAUCAUCAAAACAGCACUGCCACAUUGGAGAUCACCAGUCCUCGUGCCGAGGACUUUUUCUCAAGCACCACAAUCAUCCCUACUUUAGGGUUGCAGAAACCACGGAUAACUAUAGUUCCUAAACCCACUACUGUGUCACCGAAGGGCAGCUAUGAUGCAAUGGACAGGACCAAGUCUCCAGUGACCAUUACGGCCAUUUCUAGAGCCAAGUCCCCAGAGGGAAGCAAGAUCUCCUAUCCUGACUCUCCAAGUUCUCCUGUCUCAGUAAUCACAGUUAGCACAAGCCCAGUACUGCAGGCGCCUCUUUCUCCAGAUCCUCAGGAGACCUCAAGCAUGGGCCGAGCUGUGUUCAAGGUGACUCCAGAGAAGCAGACGGUGCCGACACCAGUCCGCAAAUACAACUCCAACACCAACAUCAUAACAACAGAAGACAACAAAAUCCAUAUUCAUCUAGGGAGUCAAUUCAAGAGGUCUCCGGACUCUGGAAACAGCCCCAUGCUCACAGUAAGGCCUAUGAGUGUAUGCACAGAUAGCAAGGAGACACCUACUACGGGGACUGUCCUGCGGUCCCCCCGACAGUCCUCCUCCACUUCUGUAGGGAAAAGCACACCUGGCAAGAUGACAAGUAGCAUCACCAUUACUCCCAUCACUUCUGCUCCGUCAAGGCCAACCCAGUCUGUGUCCGGGACGGAUGUGCAGUCAACUCGGACUUGCUCAGCAACACGAAUCCCUAUGUCAAAAGGUAUGAAACCAGGCAAAACUGUAAUGGGCCUUGCUGCAGUAUCCAGGAUAGAGUCUCGAGCUGAAAGCCAGUCAAUGAAAAUUGAACUGAGGAAGUCUGCAGUGAUCAGCUCAGUGUCCACGGCGGGGGGCAAGUGCUGAGAGUCUGGCACUCUGUAAUAGUUAAUGUUAAUUGAUCUAUGCACUACAGAGCCACUGAUGUACCCGAGUAGUUUAAAGUGGACCCAUUAGGACUCACAAUUGAAGCACUUACAAAUAUUAGAUACCAUUAUUGUCAUCUCUCACUCUCAAUCAAAAAAUGUGAUUGUGUUUGUAUUUUAAAAUAUAUGGUCUGGAAAGUAUAUAGUAUGUAUAUAGUAUUGUAUAUACAUACUAGCUAAUGUAUAUAGUGUUGACACUUGAACUUACUGAGCAUACAGUUCUUUGGCUUGAAUGCAACAUCAUUUCCCCUACUAGAGCACAACGUUAGGCUACUAACCCCUUGGCUGGGUUUUUGGUUUACUUAAGUGUCUUCUCUUAUCAUUUACUUUCUUUUUGUUGUUUUGUUGGUUUUGUUUGACCUGAUAGUUGCUAGUGGAGGUUUCCAAAAAAAAUGCAUAUUUAAUAUAAUCUGUCAUGUUUGAUUCACUUGCACCAAGCCUUAAUAAAUGGAAAUUUUUCAUCCCUCUAUGUCACUAUAUUGCCUUUUACUGUUGAUGUCACACCAUUUUCUUGUAUAACAAUAUCAUUUACAUCAAACCUGGACUAGGAAACCUCCAUUAGGAGUUCCAUGAUGCAAUCCAUAAUGCUUCAUUUAAUUCUCUCAUCUGCAUAAACACUGAUAUUGCACCACAAAAUGCUUCACAGAGCAUGCAGCACUUAUGAAGAACAGCUUUCACCAAAUGUGUCCAGCAUUAGUGAGAGUGAGUUUAAGAUCUUAAACAGAGGAUGAGAGGAAAUGACUGAUAUCAAAAAGGCAACUUUGUUAUCAUGCAAUAUUAAUAGGAUUUGAUAUUACAUUUGACAGUUAUACUAAACACUCUUGUGGGAAAUACAGAGAAAACACAUCAUGUCUCAAACAGAUGACUUUUAAUGGGUAUCUUGCGCCACUCUCUGGUGAUGGAAUGUAAAUUAUUAUAAUAUAUAAAUUAUUUUUUGCUGGUUUUUGAAGCCAAAGUUUGGAGUUUUGCUACAAUAUCUGACUUGAUACAAACAUUAGAUACAAACAUGCCAUGUGUAAUUUAAUUUAUCACAUUUGUGUAAUGGUCUGGGAAAACCUGUUAGUUGGGGCUGUGCCUGAAUUCUAGCAAACAGCCAAAAAAGAUAAAAGCAAACAAACUAGCUUUGGCAACAAAAAAAUAAAUAAAUAAAUAAAAAUAAAUAAAAUAAAUAAUAAAUAAAAAAAAUUUAAUAAAUAAAUAAUUUAAUCAUGUCUAUCUUCCUGCAGAGAUUAUAAUGGGUAAAGAGUCAGUUAAAAACAAGAUGGUUGAUUAUUAAUAGCCUAACCUUGCUGAUUUCUUCACACAGUAAAUGCCACACUUUGAUGAAGUUAUUGGAUAGCUACUUGCUUCAGUGAAAUGAACAUAAGCCUGAUCAAUUCAGUUCAAUUCAAUCAAGCUCAGAUACAGGAAGCUGUCACAAUGUCAACUCGAAAUGAAGAAAGUUUUCAAAACUAUUUAUAGAAGAAAAUGUUAAAAGCUCACAUUGUGAAAGGAUUUCCCAUGCUGUCACACAAAUAUACGCCAGUGCACCAAGAUUCAAGAUCAUUCAUUUGAGAACAACAAUCUCACAUUCUGGACAAAGAAGACAAAGUUUGGCGAAGAAGUAAAAGAGGCCAUUUAUGUAAUGCCAUCUCUGAAGAAAAGGUUUUGAAUCAAAUAAUUAUCCUCACAGUGCUUUAUAUAUCCAGCCCUCAGUGAUCAACAUAUGUUCUUGCCAAGCUUCAUGAUGUCAUAUGUGCUUAUCACAGGUAGGGUGUAAAUGCUUUGGAAUUUCCCACCGUUCAGUGCAAAUAAUACAAGAUAUUACAAGUCUAGACUACUAGGAGAUGUUCAAAACUUCACUCAUAAUGAACAGCUCAGUAUUAUUGUUGGAUGUGCCUCUGGUGUACCAGAAGAUCUGGCAACAAAUACAGAAGUGACAACAUGAUAAACAUGAUAAACCAGUUGCUGAGAAUCUGUCCAAGACAUACAUUCAUUUAUGCUACAAAUAGAGUGACAACAGAAACAUUUCAAGAAACAAAGAAAAUUCCAAUCAUCUAAAGCAGCUACUAAUCUGUGGUCCCAUUCCAGGUUUCUUUACUCAGUCUCCAUUCCAUUAUAUCAUCAGCCAUGUAACCUAAAUGUUCUAUUUUAUUUUUAUUUUUGAAUAUUUAUUUUCUAAUCAUUUUUCCAUCCAUUAACUAGCACCAGCUUUUCACCAAAGUGCUGCUCAUGAUAGAUUCACCUAACUUGCUCUUUUUUUUUACUUUGAAUACAAAUGAUACACAAAAAUUGUUUUAUUGUGUGAGAAAUGUCAUAGUUUUUGUAACUGCUCAACAAAAUCAAAUUAUUACAUUUUUAAUGUAUACACUUCAGCCUAAGAGAUAUUUGUACUCUGAUGUUGGUUUCUUAUGGAGAUGGAGCUAUGUGUCAGAACUAUGAAGUUAAUGUAGGAAGUAAUGAAUGUCUAUAUCAGUCAAAAGUCCUUUAACUUCAUGUAGAUGUUACACAACUUUAUUAAGAUACAUAAUCACUACAUACAGUAACUUUACUUCUGAUUUACUUCUGAUGGAGAGUAAUGGUAGAUAGAAAAUGGGAGUAGAAAUACAAGACCGUGAGGACUUUUUGUUUCAUGCCUAAAACAUUUUAAUUUGAUCAUAUUACUUAUUACUUCAAAAUAACCAGAACACCAUCUUGGUAAUAUAAAUAUUCUCUUACACAUGAUCUUUUAUGGUGGAGAAAUUGAGCCAAUAACAUAGAGUAGGGUAUAGCAUUUUUGAGUUUGGUAAAAUGCAAAAUGGGCCACUUUAACUUAAACAGAACAUAAGAUUUAAUGAUGAUACAGAAAUGCAUUGUGGCAAAAUGUGCUUCUGAAUGACAGAUAAUCAUUAGGAGGCACUGCAGCACAUGGUGGUAGCUUUGCUGCCUCACAGCUCCAAUCCCCAGUUUGAUCCUGAACUUGGAUUACUGUCUGAGAUGUUACUGUAGAUGUGUCAGUAAAGACACGUAAAGAGACUUCUACUUUUUAUUUAAAUGUUAUAUUAGUCAUUUAUUCAUUGCAGCCUUCAUUUUGUAGCCUUGGUGUUUAAUAAGCCUUGAAUGCAUUGAUCAAAGAAUUUUUUAACUUAAGUAACUGCAAUGAAUUUGGCAUUAACAGAACACUAUACAUGUCUGAAAAUAAUAGGAACAAUAACAUGAGUUGCAGUUAUACAUACAGUCUUAAUUACAGAUUUAUUAAUAAUAACCCAGUAAGCAACCUGAUUCCAAAAAACAUCAAAAAUUUGUCCUUGCCUUACUUAAAUUAUACCAUAAAAACCAUAUGCCAUAAGCCAUUUCCUGGGCAUAGAUCUGAUCGCUAAUUAUAGAGAUACUUCAUAUAAAUUUUUCUGGUCUAUAUAUGUUCUGUUUUUGGUCAGUGCAGUCUAGCUACAGUGUGUCAAUAUUGGCCAAUAAUGUCUGACAUUUAGUUAAAAAGGUAAGGUAGGUAAUGGCGGCAACUUCACCUAACUCUUCCUAUUUUUCAC